AUGGAAGCGUACUACAGAAGCUGUGAUCCUUUGCAAGACAUAAGUUUCACUGCUUCUCCCUGUCUUAAUAUUCGGGAUGAGAAUAUCAACUUAAAAUUGUCCCUGAUGCUGCGCCAGUCCAUUGACGAGCUGUAUGCAUCUAUUGACUUCUUUCUGAACCAACAGCCCAAUCCAGUGGCUCACAUCGAUGAAUCACUGUGCUUGCCUGACUUUCCUGGCUUUAGCUUCUGUGGCAGGAAGAAAGGAGAGGUGGUCACUAUUGAGAGAUCUGUGAGGAUAUCAAAAGUAGCCACGGGUCGGAUUGAUAUUCACAUCGUUAUGUUCAAUCAAAACGGCUUCCAGAUUCUCUGUACUAAUGCUACAGUUAUUCUGAAGUAG